UUUUUUUUUUCCUAUCAAUCUUUGCGCUAGGUCUUUCCUUGAUCGUUUCAUAUUCUUGGUUGUCCUUUUGCCUGACUCGUGUCAUCUUCCAGUUAACUCGUAGCCGACAUAACGAAUCGCGUUCGACCCUAUCUCUAAACCGUUUCGACAUCGCGUUGUCGAAUUUCUAGCCAUGACCGCUAAGGCAGCAAGCAAUGGUGCCGCCACCGUCGCACCGGCAACGUCUGCCACUAAACGUUUCGAGCUUCCGGCCCUGGAAUUCAAAUUCGGCUCUUUAACAGACGGAACCGAUAUCCCCCCACCGUUGCCAUCUCCAAAAGAAGAGGUUCCGACGCCACCGAGAACACCCCUCCCAGAAGAAGUCGAGAAGAAGCAGGAAGCAAAUGGCACCGCCAAUGGUCAUGGUACAUCCCCUAACAAGCCUGAAAUUAGCCACAUCCCAGCCCUCGUCGGCAUAAAGCGCCCAGCAGAUGAUGGUCCCGCAUCGCCGACGCUGUCAAGCCGUGGAAGCCUGAGGCGCCUAUUGAGUAGAACAUUACUGAACAACGCUUACGAUGAACAAGGAUCAAUUCUUAGCCAAGGGAACUCCAGACCUCCGAGUCGGACGGCGAGUACUAUCGUGGAGGAGAGAAAGUCAAAACGUACCAGCGGUUGGUUUAGACGGUUACGGUCCAAUGAGACCGCCGCCAAGAGGACCAGUCAAAACUUCGAUGAGGAAGCAAAGAAACCGCUUGGUCCACCACCACCGAUGAUUCCGGAAUUGAGUGCUCUCGAGACCAAAGUCGAUACCCAUCUAGGGGACGAUCUAUUUAAAGGGAUCAAAUAAAGCUCAAAUUCACGAGACAAAUUGGGAAACGACUUAUCCCAUUUAUGGCCAUGUUCUUGGUUGCCCGCUUCGGCAUUUCAUGGGCCUUGGAUACUAACUUCAAAAAAUUAAGCUGCUAUAUUCCUACAGCAAAGUUAAUAUUUCACCAUUGAUACGACGAUUAUUUCGAGGCGGGGAAAAGGAGGCGUUGCUUUAAGAAAAAGCUUUUUGGGGUGGAACAUUAGAUACCCAGCUCUUACACGAGCUCAUUCAUCGACAUUACUUGUCAAAUUCUUUUCCAUCG